GCGGCAGCGCAGCAUCCCGCAUCACACGGAAGGAUGCUGGCAACCAUGUCUGAAAAAACACACACACAUCCACAUAUGGCCGACGAGGUGAAAACAGCGAUGUAGCUUUGAAGAUGCCAUCCUUUUUCGUCUCUCGUUUUCUCUUCUUUAUAUUUUUUUCCGUUUUUAAAGGGACAGCUGGUAAAUCGAUCCCUGAAAGGGAAGCUCUCGAGGUGCAGGUGAGGGUCCAGGUGUUUGACAGCGGUGAUCUUUCACCCCUGGUCAACGCUGCUAUUGCUGUUCGUGGUAACCAGACUCUGCUGGCACAAAGCAAAGCAGGCAGUGAUGGCGUGCAGGUCGUCAGCUUCCUGUACCGCACGGGAACAUGGGUAAUCAUUACAGCAUCUCAGAGAGAUUACCUCACCAGCUCAGUGCCAUGGCACGCCAGCCGUUUACCCUUAUAUGCCUCUGUCAGUCUUUACCUGAUGGCCCAGAAGCCCGGCACACUGAUCCUAUAUGAUGAUGUCAUCCAGGUGUUUCAUGGCUCCCCAAGUGGGCGGAGCCAGCCAUGGCUGCAGGUUCCAAGGCGGAGCCUACAGUUUAACUCCUCCUACACAGAACUGACUGCAGUUUUAACAACAGCCAGAGAGCAGAAUGAAAUUAACUCAUUCCCUUACCCACUCGCUCUGGAACCAAACAACACAGGAGGAGAGAAUGGCUGGACGGACCUGACAACAAUAGCAGCAGUCAGUGCACAACUGUUUGACCGUGAGGGUCGAGCGGUUGAGGUCAGCGAGCCAGUUCACAUCUCUGUGCCUCUGCCUUCUGAUACUCACAUACGAUCUGCCACCAGCAUACCCGUAUGGAUGUACGACACCAAGACAGGACUAUGGGUACGAAACGGAACAGGAUUUAUCACUCGAGAGGGAUCGCAGCUUACGUGGGUCUUCACUGCCUCCCAACUUGGCUACUGGAUUGCAGCUUUCCGUUCUUCAGCAGGCUCAGGUUUGUCUCACCCAGGCCUGAGGGACAUCACAGCCUACCACACCUUCUUCCUGCUGUCCAUCUUGGGAUCUCUUGCUCUGUUGGUACUAGUCUUGCUCUGUGUCCUACUCUAUUAUUGCAGACGAAGAUAUCUGAAGCCCCGACGGCAGCAGAAACAGGUUCAAGCUCCAUCUGCUUUGAACGGAUCCAAGCGGGACCAAGGCACCUCCAUGUCCCAUUUGAACCUCAUCUGUGGUGGCCAUGUUGAAUCUGCUGCCUCCAAUGGCAACUUAGAUGCCAACAAAUCCGAGGGAUCCCCAUCCCAUGCCUUUAAGAGUGCUCGGGAUGAGUUUACCAGGCACAUUCCUGCCCACAAGCUUCGGCACUCCUCUAAGACCAAGCAGUCCAAAGGAGCCCAAAAGAAUGCAGAGAGUUUCCCCAUGAAGGUACAUCGAUCCACGGAUACCAGCAAUCUGGAUAGCAAUCUUCUACAUGAUGAAUAUGGACGCAACUAUAGCCCUGACGACAAGGAUCACGACUAUCGCCGGAGGCACGUUGUCAAUGAUAACCGUGGCUACACAUCCGACCCGCCUUCUCCACCAACUGUUGACAAGCCACCGGAGUAUUCGCAGGUUUUGCAAGGGCCGGAUCACCUUGCUCGCCCAACGUCGCUUAACACGCAACCAGGUCAGAUUAUAUUCUGCAGCUCACUGGAUCAGAUGAAGGAGAACAUGUACCGUUCUAUGGUUCCCACUCUUGUGAUCCCGGCCCACUACAUGAGGCUUUCGUCCGAGUUUGGUGCCACAGAUCAGGGUAAAGAUGGAUCGAACCAAGCGGACCGAGAUGGACAGAGUUUGCAAGGUACAAGCAGUGGGAUUCAAGGCCAAAACCAUCAAGGCCAGACCCCUGGUUCAGGCCAUACAGAAGCCCAACAAGGUGAUUCUCCAGCAGGCUCUGAUGAGAGUGUUUGGCCCCCCGGUGGACCACCAGCACCAGUUCACUUCCCCGUUUUGUUCAAUGACUCCACCAUCUCCCAGAUGAACGGGGAGCUGCAAGCACUUACGGAGAAGAAGCUUCUGGAACUGGGGGUGAAGCAACACCCUCGUGCUUGGUUUAUAUCACUCGACGGACGAGCCAACGCUCACGUGCGCCACUCCUACAUAGAUGUAGGUGCCGAUCUCAGCCACAGUGGAACACAUAGUGGCAACCACAGCGCCCAAAGCACGUUGAGCGCCCCUGCCGGGAGUAGUAAAGACCGAAACGUAGAUACAAGUCUCCAAGAUACCCAACACGAGCGCAAGUCCGCAUCCAGUCGCAAGAACAAAGAGGAACACCACGGAAGCGGACGCAAGGGCCAUGGAGGAAGUAGCUCCAGCAGUACAAGUGGUGGGAAACACUACUCCAAACCAACCUACCAUGACCCUCUGGACCUAAGUGGAGGAGUGAGCCGCAUGGGGGCCAGUUCUCCACUGGAAAACCCUUUGACCCCUCUUUUGGAUGACGGUCCCGAGGAACCCAGGUGGUCUUCAAUGCCGAGAAGGGGUCGAAGCCGGGGGAACAGCUCACGUAGUAGCAACAGCGAAACGCAACGUGACUCUGUCACCAGCCCAGAAGAUGACAAUGACCUCGAUGACAAGGAAGAGAACAAGAAAAGUCCCUGGCAGCGCAUUGAAGAGCGCCCCCUCAUGGUGUUUCAUGCCAAGAAGUAGAGCAAGAAAUCAAUCCCAGCAGCUGCCUUGAAUAAUUGGACAAACUAGAGAUGUGUUCAAAUUGAUAAUGACUGUUUUACAAAUGUCACCCAAUGAUAUUUUCACGGGCUGACUAUUUGUGUUGUUAUAAUUUAAUAGACGUUUCCAAAAUGAUUGUCAUGCUUUUGGAUUAUUUUGGCUUUCUAUGACAAUAUAUUUUCACUGAUCAAUUUGAAUGCAACUCAGGGGUCAAAGAACUCAAAUUUGGUGGCAUCAUACCAUCUUAGUGUUCUGUAAACAAAGAAUCACAUUAAAUUUAAGAACUAGUUAUAGUGAAAAGAAUGCCAUUGCAGAUGGAGGAAUACAAGAUACCAAACAACAGGGCGAGUGCAUUAAUAUAAAGCACAACUCAACAACACAAUA